AGCAGAGCGAAGAAGGGCAAGGCUGUGAGCUCGCAGAUGCGAUAGCGAAUAAUAGCACGCGACAACGAUGUCCGCUCUUUUCAACUUCCAGUCACUCUUAUUGGUGAUACUUCUGAGCAUAUGUACAUGCACGUAUAUCAGAGCGACGGCCCCCGGGCUAGUAGAUCGGAAUAAGCAGGGAUUCCUGGGCCUCUUCUUCAAAGGCGCACGGAUAGGUGAGUCGUCUGCAUAAGGUUCCUUAUGGCCUGGUGUGGACUGCCUGCCGGUCCUCAUCCGAAUCACUCAUCCCUGGCGCCGACCUGCACCCCCCCUCCGCACAGGCGAGCGACUGUCACCGUAUGCGUCCCUAGCCUGUAUCGUCAUGGCCUGCUAUCUGAUUUUCUGAGCGUCUAAAAGGCAAAC